AUGUAUGAAGCUGGAAUAUUACGUGUCGGCGGUAGAAUCAAACACGCAAAUCUUGGUUUUGGACAGCGUCACCCGAUUAUACUCCCACCGAAGCAUCAUUUAACAAGUAUUAUCAUCAAUGACUUCCACGAAAUAUAUCUGCACAUCUGGAUUGUUGACGGACGGAAUGUGAUUCAAAAACAGCUUAGAAAGUGUGUUCGUUGUUUUAAGGUUAAUCCACCAGAAAUGAAACGUUACAUGGGAGACUUGCCAAAGUUUCGUGUUACACAAUCGGAAGUGUUCUCAAAGGUUGGUGUCGACUAUGGAGGGCCGUUUCUCAUCAAGACAGGUAAUCCUCGCAAACCAGUGUAUGUAAAAACUUAUGUGCCGCUGUUCGUAUGCAUGGCUACGAAACCAACCUAUAUUGAUUCAUUAACUCAAGCUUUCAUCAACGUCCUUAAACGUUUCGUGGCUCGACGCGGAGUUCCUAUCCAGAUCCACUCCGAUAAUGCCACGAAUUUUAUCGGCGCUAACUCAACACUACAUGAACUAUAUCUGCUGUUCACUCAAAAAGAAACCAAGCAGGCUCUUAGUGACUACUGUUUACCCCAGGAAAUUAAAUGGCUGGUGACAAAUCGGCCAAGCAUCAUAUCAAGCGAGUUAUCGGCGAUGCGAAGUAUACCUACGAUGAAUGGAAUACCUUGA